CCGGCGGUCCUGCCCUCUUCCCCGGAGGGGCUGGAGUUCGACGCCGACGAGGACCUGGAGGUGUUCAGCAAGGACGCAUCACUGAUGGAGGCAAAUUCAUUCAGUCCUUUGAUGCCAACAUCUCCUUCUUCUAUGAUAAACCAGUAUAAAUUUGAAGAUGAACAAGAAUUAAAGGACCUUUUUGUUACAGUUGACAAUCCAGAAAGCCACAUCGCUGCCAUUGAGACAUUCAUCACCUACAGAGUUGUUACAAAGACAACCCGUGGUGAAUUUGACUCCAGCGAGUAUGAAGUUAGACGGCGGUAUCAGGAUUUCCUUUGGUUAAAGAGAAAACUUGAAGAAGCACAUUCAACAUUGAUCAUUCCUCCGUUGCCUGAAAAAUUCAUAAUGAAAGGAGUUAUGGAACGAUUUAAUGACAAUUUUAUCGAGACUCGAAAGAAAGCACUGCAUAAAUUUUUAAACCGGGUUGUCGAUCAUCCCACUUUAACUUUUAAUGAAGAUCUGAAAAUUUUUCUUACUGCUCAAGCCUGGGAACUUUCCUCUCACAAGAAGGAGGGGCCUGGUUUGUUGAGCAAAAUGGGACAAACGGUCAAAGCGGUUGCAUCCUCGAUGCGAGGAGGAGCUGUGAAAAACCGUCCUGGUGCGUUCACAGAAAUGAGUGACUACGUGGACGUAUUUAGCCAGAAAAUCAGUCUCUUGGACAAAAUCUCGCACAGAGUUUAUAAGGAAGAAAAAGACUACUUUUAUGAAUUGAAGGAAUAUGGCCCAAUCCACACUCUUUGGUCUGCUUCUGAAGAAGACCUAGUAGACACCCUGAAAAGUGUUGCCAGCUGCAUUGACCAGUGCUGCAAAGCUAUGGAGAAACGGAUGGCAGCACUUUCUGAAACCCUGUUCCCUACUCUACAUGAAUAUGUGCUCUACGGUGACACAUUAAUGGGAGUCUUGAAAAGGAGAGAUCACAUCCAAGCAGAGCUUGAUUCCAAAGUUGAAGCUUUAUAUAAUAAAAAAGUUGAAAGUGAUCUGCUCUCUGAAGAGAUUGGAAAACUUGAAGACAAAGUGGAGUGUGCCAGUAAUGCGCUGCAGGCUGACUGGGAUAGAUGGAAAGAAAGCAUGCGUCUUGAUGUGAAGAUGGCAUUUAGCGAUGUGGCUGAAAACAAUAUCCAAUAUUAUGAACAGUGCCUUGCUACCUGGGAAUCCUUCUUGACAUCUCAAACAACAGACAUUUGCUUGGAAGGAGACUCUGAAGAUCAGCCUUGACUUAAAGAAGAAUAUCUCACUUAUCUUCUGAAAUGUGGCUUUUGCCAACCAAAGAAGUGCCCUGAACAGGAAAUCAAAUGUAUUUAUUCCAUAUAAA